AUGUCCGGUCAGGAAAACACAAACAGCGGUCCCCCGCCAGGCUCAGCAGAGUUCCUCGCAUCCCUACUGUUCGAAAGCCUCGACUUUAGCUGCCCGCACUCCCCAAAGCUAGUACCGGGAAUUCCAAGCAAGAUUCCCCCUCGACUAGGUUUCUUCCAUUGUACCGACGAAGAUCUCUCAUACAUCGACACCAACAAAUUAUGCCUCGACUGCUACAACGCAGCCGUUCCAAGCGGUUUUCUCUGCUGGUCAGCGUUCUACGCAAAGAAAGGGAGAAACGUAUUCACCUCAGAUGAGGAAUACAAAUCAGGCGAGCCAACUCGCGGUAAUGGAGAAUUCUUUCCACGCCAACUCCAGGCAGGCAGAGAGGCAUUUUUCAGAAAAGCGGAACCGAGGCCAAGGGCAGGCACAAAGGCGGCUCAGUUAUUAGGUGAUUUGGAUUUCGAUCCCAGAUCACCCGCGUAUGAUAAGCGGGUUCCAUCUCUGCCACCGAAUGAAGACACGAGAGCUGUCUGGAGGUUUUUCCAACAUGCAAAGAAGCCGUUUUAUAUUGACAUUGUGCAUAUUUCGCCUCCGUGGAGAGGCGAUCUGGGAGGGGAGGCUCAGGAUGCGGAGGACGCCCGUGUGGGGACGGCCAAUGCCGCUGCUUACUUGGGUGCUGCGCAUGUUGUUCAAGCUGUGGCUGAUGGCGGAUACGGGCCCUAUAGUGUUGUGGAGCAGCGCUUAGGUUCAUACGGCACGUAUCGGCUUCUCAGUUUGGGGCCAUGGACUUCUGAUCCAGCUGACGAGGAGGCUUUGGAUCCUUUUGAGGAAAUGGAGGAUGAGGAGGGAGACACAGAACCCUUUGAUAGAACGAGAGCUGUUGAAGUGCACCCCGCGUUCUAUCCAUACCAGGGAAUAGGUGCAUAUCAAGGAAGUGCGUUUAUGUUAUUUCCCAGUCAGGAAAAAUGUGAUGAGGUCAAUCAAGAAGCCAUUGGAAUGGUCUUACCUCCUACCGCGGACGAGCAGCUAAGACGCGAUUAUGAAAAAGAACUACCGCAAAACCCCUCAGGAAUCCUGCUUCCUCCGGGAUACGCAAGUUCGGACCCUCCGGAGGAUGUCCAAUCUGAUACCCCACUACCAAGGAUGUCAGACGUUGAACCCGUCAGAUGGGCUGACGCCGAAAGGACGGCUUAUGAGAAAGGACAGGGCCUCGAAGGUGUCGAAGUUGGAAGCGCGUACCCUGUUGAAUCAGUCGCGGGAUUUGACAUGAAAAGGCCGAGAUUCAUGUUGAAGCCCAUGUACAAGCAGAGUUCACAUGGAAUCAGGAGCGAUGGUAGCCUUGCUGCGGACCCUAACGACUUCAGCGGCAAUGGGCUAAAUCGUCUUCCCCUCGAGUGCAGAAUGGGUAGUUGUGAGGAAUGCCCUGAUCGAAAGGGAUACGAGGAGCUCAACAAAACACUUAAAGCAUUAGGAAUAAGAGGGUUUCGUGAUCAUGGGAAAUCUACCUUCGUCAAAAGACCACAACAACCACUUGAUCGGGAGCUAUGGAGACCAUACCUCACACUAGAAGACCACAAGCCAACUUUCGCCAAUACCCUCUCCGACGAAGAUAGUGAUCUUAUCUUGCAAGCACUAUCACCUCCAAGACGCCCUGUUCAGACGGGGAUAUUCCAAUAUCCAAGAUCUUGGUACUUGGCGAAUGGAGUUCAACCACCUGACACCGAGGCAGAUGAGCUCAUAUAUGGUACGGAUGACGAUGAGAGGCAAGAGCAACAAAAUCAACAAAUACCGUCUCUUUUCAAUGAUGAAGACACGGAUAGCGACGAUAGUGACGACGAGGACAAUGAUCUCGGUCACGACAACAACAAUGGAAAUAACGGCAUUGAAGAGAUUGAGAGUGAGGAUAGCGAUGGAAAUGAGGAAGGCAUGAGCAGCGAGGAUGAGGAGAGUAGCGACGAUGACAACGAAAGCGAGGAUGAGGAUGAGAGUGACGACGAGAAUGACAAUGACAGUGAAGAUGACAGUGACAAUGAGGACGACAGUGUCAACGAUGAUGAGAGUGGCGACGAGGAUGGGGGCAAUGAUGAAGACAAGAGUGACGAUGACGAUAAUACCUACAACAACGACACUCAUCAUUCCCCAAGAGUAACCUCCUCGUUGGUUGCUUAG